UUUCUAUAUUAUUACCUUCUCAAAGAACAAAAGCAGGUAACUCCUGUAAAGUCUAAUAGUCUGAAAAUUGUAGUGUCCGUUUUCUCUUUAGCCAUGAAGUUAGUUUUGCUAAAUGCUGAGUAGCGUUUUAAUGCUCUACUGGAUGUACAUGUAAGAAUACUAAAUGGAGGGGAAGUAAUUUUUUUUGAGUCGAGACGGGGUCUCACUGUGUCACUCAGGCUGGAGUGCCAGUGCGUGAUUAUGGCUCACCGCAGUCUGUCGACCUCCCCAGGCUCAAGUGAUCCUCCCGAGUAGCUGGAACUACAGACGCGCCACAAUGCCCGGCUAAUUUUUUUGUAUUUUUUCGUAGAGACGGGGUUUUGUCAAGUUACCCAAGCUGGUCUUGAACUCCUGGGCUCAAGCGACCUGCCUGCCUCAGCCCCCCAAAGUGCUGGGACUACAAGCGUGAGCCACCGCCCCCGGCCAUAAUUUUAUUUUAAUCACUAUUUUUCAGGAACGAUUACGUCUUAAAGAAUGAGGAAUUAACCGGCACCUCAGGUUCAACAUGUAAAUAGGGACGCUCAUUUGAGAAUAAGUCACACUUUGUCACAGUUGUAUUGAAAAAUCGGUAUUUCUGAACGUCAUUUUACCAUUACGGAAGUAUAAGUCAAACACAAUAAAAUGUUUAAUAUACGGCUAGAACUAGGUUAAGGCGAGGGAGGCGCCUAGAGCACACAUUUUAAGGAGGCAAGACUACUACCCCGACAGUGAACGCCUCCUUAACACUUGCUCCCCAGGCGCUUCCCACUCCCCAGCCGGGCCCCGCCCUAGUUCAAUCAAUCAAGAAAAUCAACAGUAAGAAGGCCUUGUGCGGUCUGGAUGGUCUUUCCACGUCUCACGUGCAGUUAAGCCAGUCACACUCCAUCCACCCUACUCGCCAUGGAAAAGUAUUUGUUCAGCAGGAAUUAACAAGUCAAAUACAGCCAUAUAAAGCCCCCCUCCGACGUGCCAGGUUUGCCUCCGGAGAGUAGCCACCAAAACCACCAGCAGCCCGUCCGCGCGGGGAAAUGCGCCCUAGCUGGCUUGCGGGGCCACGCGGACAGUUCUAAAUCCCUUUCCCUGUAACGCAGAGGCACACCUGCCUUCCCUUGGGAAACAGCGGCCCGACGUGCGCCGGCAAUGCGUAAAGCGUCAACAGCUGAAACCCUCGGAAUCCGCCCCAAACAGAAACAACCACCCCUGCCAGCUGCGCGCUCCCGGCGGGGUGGGGGGGGGGACGUUGCGCCCCGGCCGAUUGCCGGUUUCCGGGGGCGCGAGCCCGGAUCUCAGGUGGUCAGUCCCGGUACGCAGCAACGGCGAGGACCCGGCGCUGCUAAGGGAGAAGGAAAGCCGUUUCCCGCGGGCUUCAUAGAGCCACGGUACUAAGACAGCCCGAGUCGCGGACAAGUCCAACAGGCAGGCGGAUCCGCGGGCAGCCCGCGUGCGUGAGGACCCCGGUGGCGGCGCUGGGUGGCGGGAAGGAGGAAGUUUCAAAGCCAGGUGGCCUGGUUGUGGCCUCUGGGCGAGAUGAAGCUACACUGUGAGGUGGAGGUGAUCAGCCGGCACUUGCCCGCCUUGGGGCUUAGGAACCGGGGCAAGGGCGUCCGAGCCGUGUUGAGUCUCUGUCAGCAGACUUCCAGGAGUCAGCCGUCGGCCCGAGCCUUCCUGCUCAUCUCCACCCUGAAGGACAAGCGCGGGACCCGCUAUGAGCUAAGGGAGAACAUUGAGCAAUUCUUCACCAAAUUUGUAGAUGAGGGGAAGGCCACUGUUCGGUUAAAGGAGCCUCCUGUGGAUAUCUGUCUAAGUAAGGCCAAUUCCAGCAGUUUAAAAGGUUUUCUUUCAGCUGUGAGACUGGCUCAUAGAGGCUGUAAGGUUGAUAUACCAGUUUCAACGCUCACACCAGUGAAGACUUCAGAAUUUGAAAACUUUAAAACUAAAAUGGUUAUCACAUCCAAAAAAGACUAUCCUCUAAGUAAGAACUUUCCAUAUUCCUUGGAACAUCUUCAGACUUCUUACUGUGGGCUUGUCCGAGUUGAUAUGCGUAUGCUUUGCUUAAAAAACCUUAGGAAAUUAGACUUGAGUCACAACCAUAUAAAAAAGCUUCCAGCUACAAUUGGAGACCUCAUACACCUUCAAGAACUUAACCUGAAUGACAAUCACUUGGAGUCAUUUAGUGUAGCUUUGUGUCAGUCUACACUCCAGAAGUCACUUCGGACUUUGGACCUCAGCAAGAACAAAAUUAAGGCACUCCCUGUGCAGUUUUGCCAGCUCCAGGAACUUACGAAUUUAAAACUUGACGAUAAUGAAAUGAUUCAAUUUCCUUGCAAGAUAGGACAACUAAUAAACCUUCGCUUUUUGUCAGCAGCUCGAAAUAAGCUUCCAUUUUUGCCUAGUGAAUUUAGAAAUUUAUCCCUUGAAUACUUGGAUCUUUUUGGAAAUACUUUUGAACAACCAAAAGUCCUUCCAGUAAUAAAGCUGCAAGCACCGUUAACUUUAUUGGAAUCUUCUGCACGAACCAUAUUAUAUAAUAGGAUUCCAUAUGGCUCUCAUAUCAUUCCAUUCCAUCUCUGCCAAGAUUUGGAUAUCGCAAAAACCUGUGUUUGUGGAAGAUUCUGUCUGAACUCUUUCAUUCAGGGAACUACUACCAUGAAUCUGCAUUCUGUUGCCCACACUGUGGUCUUAGUAGAUAAUAUGGGUGGUACUGAAGCACCUAUUGUCUCUUAUUUCUGUUCUCUAGGCUGUUAUGUAAAUUCCUCUGAUAUGUUAAAGUAAUGGGUGAGACCAGAAAAAGAAAUUUCAAUAACAGAUCAGUUUGGGAUGCAUGUAUGAUUUUGCGAUGUCACAUUGGAGUAAGGGAAGAUUUCUGUAUAGUUGCUGGAGAGGAGGAAUGUGUAUAGUUACUCAUUUGACUCCAAAACUUUUAUUAAAACCAAUUUUAAUUUUA